UCUGUGUUAAGAUCUAAGAACCCUAACCCACUUCUAUCUCCCUAUGGAACAAGAAGAACCCAAUAUAGAGUUUGAGGAUCAAAAACCGUCCCUCUCCUCCUCCUCCUCCUCCUCCUCUACCCUGAUAUCCACAAAGGUUCCCUUACCUGUCACGGUACAACAAGGCACUAGGGGAAACCAAGUUGUGAGAACUAGUAGUAAGAGUAGGAAGGAGGUCAAGGAUGGAACAAGAGUGAAUGAUGGGAAGGGCAGGGCGUAUCGGGGAGUACGAAUGCGGAAUUGGGGCAAAUGGGUGUCGGAGAUUCGAGAGCCCAAGAAGAAUUCAAAAAUAUGGCUGGGGACUUUUCCCAAUGCAGAAAUGGCGGCUCUGGCCCAUGAUGUAGCUUCGCUCAGUCUUAAAGGUCACACAGCUUAUCUCAAUUUCCCUGAGCUGGCUCAAGGGCUCCCCCGUCCGACCACCGCCUCACCAAAAGAUAUCAGAGCUGCAGCUGUCAAGGCGGCCACCUUACACUACCCAAGAAGCCAUGAACCUCAUCAAGCCGCGCUAAUGGGUCCAUACUCCUCAGGUCCUAGUGUGAGAUCUAAUAUCCUUCAAGAAUCAUCAACUUCACCAAUAACAGAAGAUGAUGACGCAUUUCUUGACCUUCCCGAUCUCUUCCCUGAACUACCCGAUCCCUUUCUCGAUGUCGGCCAUUUGGAGCUGGCUGGGACUGAGCCCAUCAGCACCAGGUUUGAUCACCAUCACUUUUAACUUCCAAAAGUCUGCCACAUUUGGUGAUCACAAAUGGUUUCUCUCUCCGAGUUCAUUAGCAUGCAAGUUCAGGUUGUUGUUGCAUAAAAGUUGUAGCUAGCUAAUAGAUCGCCAUUUCUGCUUGGUUUUACAUGGACAUACCUUCAUUGCUGCCCUUCAAGUUUGUCACGAGAGGUCCGAUCAACCCUCCCCUCCUUCUCACUUGUGAACGUAUAUGAAUAAGAAAUUAAACGAUCAGAAAACGUCCAUGUGCAUGAGUGAGGCUGCGGUAGAUUCUUCAAGGUUCCAUACAUUUGAGUCGUCUCAAGUAAGUUUGUUUUUUUAGUUUUUCCAAGAAAAUAAAUGUACCAUGUAGGAAUGAAAUAUAGUAUAUAAACCGCCUCUUUCAAAGCCA